UUUCUUGCCCAAAGUAUCUCAGAAACACUCCCGCACUUUUUCCCUCGAUAUUUUUACACUUGCCACUCUUUUCUUCUCAAAUUUCUUCCCCUCUCAUUUAGAGAUCUAGAUCUCUCUUUCUCUGUUAUAGUUUUUGAUUCAGCUCAACUUUCUCAAGCCAAGCAUUUCUGAGUUAGGGCUUGUGAGGUAAAAGGAAUUCAGUCAUGGAUCAUAAUGAGAAUGAAGAGAACGACAAUAAGUUUCCUCAUGGCUUAUGCUCGAAUUUGCUUCCCCAGUUUGAUCUGGAGGACAAUGUACAUCCUUUCACUCAUUUGCAGCAAGUGCAAUUGCGUGCUCAGAUACUUGUUUAUGGGUCUUUAAUUCGAGAUACAUUACCUGAUGAACCAUAUAUGGUUUUAGCCUUUGGAGAGUUUGGUUUUGUGGAAGGAGUACGUGGGAGACUGUGUGGCUUGUUGCUCAACAAAGGAUUGCUCUUCAAAGUGAUACAUUUUCAACACCUGUCCGAGCUGGUGGUGUUGGUGCUCAUCCAUCGGUGAUAAGUCCUGUAACACCCACGUUGUCCCUAUUACGGAACGUUUCUUCUCAUGUUCAAACUACAUUAGCCUCAGAACCAGUUUCUUCUCUCAGAGAUGGUCAUCAUUUGCCAACUACAUCUGUUACCCCCAUCGCAGGAGUUCCAUCUAGUGUCGUUCCUAAUGUUUCUGCUGGGAGUAAGUUUGUCUUGUCAACAACAUCGCCCGCUCCUCCUAGGCCAAAUUUUCAUGUAUUAGCUGGUCAUGCGGACACAGAGCAGCCUAAUGAGAUUUCCCUGUCGCAUGAAACAUGUAGACAGAUCGAUCAGGCUCAACAGCAAGCUGAAGAAGCAUCACUUUUAGCUGCAGAUGCAGUUAAGUACAGCCAAAGUGUAUGGACCCAGCUAGCUAUCCAGAAGAGCUCUGGUUUUGUUGCUGAUAAGGAAGCUAAUCUAGCUUCUGCGGCAGUCACAAUAGCUGCAGCAGCUGCUGGUGCCAGGAUUGCAUCUGAUGCUGCUCUGCAAGCCAAACUCAUGGCUGAUGAGGUUCUAGUUCUUUCAGACAAACUUGGAAAAUCGAUGUCUGAUGAAUGUCUUCGUGGUGGUGUGAAGAGUAUGGUGAAUUUUGUCUCUCCCGCACCCAUCUUGAAAGGAGAAGACAGAACUAACUAUUCGGACUCGAUUCUUGUUGCCGUUAGGGAGGUAUCUAAAAAGAGGGUUGAAGCUGCUUCAGCUGCUACAAGACGAGCUGAGAACUGGGAUGCUGUUGUUAAAGCGGCAGUAAUGGCAGCAGAAGCUGUAUCACAAGCUUCAACCAUCACUGCGAUGGGUGAACCCAUACCCUUUACGCUUCAGGAAUUAGCCGAAGCUGGUCCAGAAGAUUAUUGGAAAAUCCACCAACAUGAUCAAAUUGCCAAACCAGAUUCAUACGCCACAAAUAUGGCAGAACAACUUGAAGCAGUUUGUGCAGAGGAGGGGGUUACCAGACACAUUGAACGUAACUUGGAAGAGACAGAAGGUACCUCAGACCAAGGGAAGAAGGUACUUCCUCCAAAUGAGUUGUCAGAGCAGGUAGAAAGCAGCAAUUUUCCGGUGAAUGGCAUGCGCUGGGGUCCUGCAGGGAAUAGUGAAAAAGGGCUGGUGGAACCAAAACCUGGUAGGACAUCCGUUUUUGAUGAAACCGUUGGAUCUUCUCCUAAAUAUCAGGUUGGAUCUAUAUGUGCUUUGGAAAAUUCCCAGAGUGAGGGAAACAGAGCAGCACACGAGUCAGCCAGAAUAUCUACAGAGAACCAAAUUGAGGAAGGUUCCGUUCCAGAGGUUCUCUCCUGCGAGGAAGGUCUGGGGUGGUUGGUGUGGCUUCCAGCCAAGGUACUGAAUUUGAAGCAUGGCAAGGCAUAUGUCUGUUGUACUGAGCUUGCACGAUGUGAAGGUCCUGAUCAGAGAGAGUAUGUGUUACUUGACGGAGAAGGAGGUCAAGCUCCGCGAAUCCACAUUCCGCAUCUGGUGAGCGGCUUAAAAUAUGAAGGAACAAGGAAGAGGCAGAGAUCAGCCGUAGGGGAUUGCAGUUGGUCUACUGGAGAUAAGGUGGAUGCACAUAUAAACAAUGGCUCUGAACUUGCAACAUCAGUUACGGGAGUAGAACUGGAUCCUGCAAAAGUGGACACUUCUGAACUUCAAAAGUUGAAAACCAUGCUUGAGAAAGCAAUGCAAGAGUCGAGAUCUAAAGAUGCCAAAAUGUUAAACUUGGAAUCCAGAGUGAGAUCAAAGGAUCAGCUGUGUAAAAACCAACAGGAAGAAGUUGAAGAACUUGCAAGGAAGAUGCAUUUAAAGCUGGAAGUGCAGAGCCAAUAUGAGAAACAAGUUUGGCAACUUAAUGACAAAUUGAAGGGCAGAGAAGAAAUUUGCAACGAUCUUCAACGCAAGGUCAUAGAGCUUGAAAGUAAACUGAAAGAACGAGAAACCUCGGUGUUUUUGGCACUUCAGCGUAAGAUCAAGGAGCUCGAAAUCAAGCUGAAAGAGAAAGCUCAGCAACAAUCUGACUCUGCGGUCCUUCAACUAAUGGCUAGGCAGCCUGAAUCUCAACACCCUGUACCUCCCAAGCCUUUAAAUUGCGAGUUCCGUGAUUGUGUAUUAUACAGGCCCGUACCCCUCCGUGAAAAAAAGAGAAGGCAUGAUAGCAAAUGACGGUUCGUUGAGUUUACUCAAGAAUAAGGCCGUGCCAGUUGGAGGGAAGGUUCCAACAGAUUCGGAAAAAGGCAGAAUUAACUCGUCCAAAGUAUAUGCAAGAAUAUUAAGAGGAAGAAGACUUAACAAGGAUGGUGCAGCGGGCAUCAAAGGAGAUGUGACAAAAGGUUGGCCUAGAUAGUAACUGUUUGACAGACCUUUACGGUUUACAUCAGGAUAGUUUAGGAUACAUAUACAUAUAUUAGGUGUUACUAUCUGUAUAGAAGAAUGUUUAUAACAGUAUAGAUGACUUGACCAUACUAGGGCUCAACACCAAUUCAAUAGAAACUACGUCAAUGUGUGUAUUCCACACUAUAUCGUUUAAUAUAACCUAUAUAUACUGUUAU